GGCGGGGCGGCGCGGAGGCGCGGCGGGGCGCCCGGGAUUCCCCGCGGAGCUGCGCGGCCCGGGGUUCCCAGUCCUCAGCCCGCUCGUCGCCGGCCCGCAGAGACCGCCGCGCCCUCCGCGGGAGAGCCCCGGUCCCACCCGGCGCCUGCUCCCAGCGCGGCGGGGCCCCCGCGCCCAGGCCCCGCGGACGCGCCGCCGCUCCCUCUCGGCCCCCGCCGCGCCCACCCCGGGAAGCUCCGAGGCCCGGCCGUGGAGGAGGUCAAGGCCACGGCGGGGAAGAUGUACCAGAGCCUGGCGCUGGCCCCGAGCCCCGGCCAGGCCGCCUACGCCGACUCCGGGGCCUUUCUGCACGCGCCAGGUGCCGGCUCCCCGGUGUUCGUGCCGCCCGCGCGCGUCCCCUCCAUGCUGCCCUACCUGCCGGCGUGUGAGCCGGGCCCGCAGGCCCCGGGGCUGGCCGCGCACCCCGGCUGGGCGCAGGCGGCGGCCGCAGACUCAUCAGCCUUCGGCUCCCGCAGCCCGCACCCACCGGCCGCUCAGCCGCCCGGAGCCACCGCCUUCCCCUUCCCGCACAGCCCCCCGGGGCCCGGCGGCAGUGGCGGCGCAACGACCCGGGACGGCGGCGCCUACCAGGGCGCGCUGCUGGCCCGCGAGCAGUACCCCGCCCCGCUCGGGCGGCCAGUGAGCGCCUCCUACCCGACUGCCUACCCGGCCUACGUGAGCACCGAGGUGGCCCCGUCCUGGACCCCUGGACCCUUCGAAGGCAGCGUCCUGCACGGCCUCCAGAGCCCCGCCGCUGGCCUCCCCAGCCGCAGAGCCUCCUUCGUGUCGGACUUCUUGGAAGAGCUCCCGGGCGAGGGUCGUGAGUGCGUCAACUGCGGGGCCCUGUCCACACCGCUGUGGCGUCGCGAUGGCACCGGCCACUACUUGUGCAAUGCCUGUGGCCUCUACCACAAGAUGAAUGGCGUCAACCGGCCGCUGGUGCGCCCGCAGAAGCGCCUGUCCUCAUCCCGCCGCGCGGGCCUCUGCUGCACCAACUGCCGCACGACCACGACGACGCUGUGGCGGCGCAACGCGGACGGGGAGCCAGUGUGCAACGCCUGCGGCCUCUACAUGAAGCUUCACGGGGUGCCGCGGCCCCUGGCGAUGAAGAAGGAAAGUAUCCAGACGCGGAAGCGGAAACCCAAGAGCGUUGUGAAGACCAAGAGCUCUUCGGGAUGCCCAGCAAACAGCACAGCCUCGCCGCCCUCCGUCCCAGACCCUGAGAGCCCAGCAGCUGCUUCGAAACCCAAACCCAGCCUGGCGUCCCCUUCAUGUCCUGGGUCCAGCGUCGCCUCCCAGCCCUGGGCCCCCAGGCUGGCCUCGGUGGGGCCCUGCGCCAGGAGGCCUGGUGUGCGCUGGCCUUGGCCUAGGUCCCCGGGCACCCAACAGACCCAUCUCACUGCCCGUUGGGGUCCAGCACAGUGGAGAGAGCUCACUGGGCCCACCCACCAGAAGAGACAAGCCAGUGGGACCUUGAGGGUCUGGGCAACCCUCGCCAUGGUGAGGGGGAGGCCUCUGUACAGACCGCGGUCAGGCCCCAGAGCAGGAAGAAGGCUGAAGAGAAGGGCCUGCGCCCACACCACAGACAGCCGGGGACUCUCCUAAAUGCUGUGGCAGGUCAGGCCCGGCCACUCCAGCCAAGGCUGACCUGGGGCGCCCAUUGCCAACUUGAGUUCUCUUGUCAACAUUUGCCAUCACCAUGUUUACACGUUACAGAAGUUGGGAAAAACCCCAAUCUCCUACUAUGAAACCAGAAUCACAGAUGAAAUGUUGAGGUCAGGCCCACAGUGUGAAUGCCGGGAGCGGCUGGACAAGACACCUCCUCGAACCUCAGGAUCUGUCCCUUUCUCUCACCUGAUGGACAGAACUACGGCACGGAGAACUUCCCCUCCUAUGAGUGAAGGACUGCCAGGGACAGAUGUGUAGGUCGUGCACUGUACCAGGAUGCCACCCCAAGGGCAAGCCACUCACGCUGUAGUCAUCAUCUACUUGUGUAUUUAUUUGGAUGGUUUUCCCAAAGGGGGCAGUAAGGGUCCUCAUGCUAACUGAAUCUGUGUGUUGUGACCAUUUCUGACAGGCAGAGUACAGGACCUGGGUCCCCGUGCUGACCUCACAGGCUCUGUCAGGGCCGGUGGCCGGGUGACCACAUGUCCUGGCUCACCUGGGGUCAGUCCAGCUUCAUUUGUUGCCCCAGUGGAAUUGUUAAUAACACCAAUUUACUUACGGAAGCCCUCCCCUCCCGGAGCGGGGUGACAAAUCAGCAGGCCGUGCUGGCGGGAGACCGCUCUGCCCACGGGAGCCAGGGAGGCGAUAGGGAGGGGUGGGAGUGGGGCUCGCCAGGCCAAGGGGCCGCAUCCUCGCUUUCGCUUGGCGGCUGCACCAUGAGCAGGCUGGAGAAGCUGCGAGUGCCAGCUUCCAGAAUGGGUCCGUCCGUCUGUCUGUCCUGAGCAGGCACCUGGAGUUCGAGCUGCACAAUUCACAUGUGAUCUUGUCUUUUUUUUUUUUUUUUUUUUUUUUUUUAAUCAAAGACACAUGAAGCCAUGAGAAAAAAUGUAAAA